UGGCGUUAGAGCGCUCCUAUUCAAACUACAGGAAGUGCAAGUCGUUUGAGGAAGUGCCAAACAAAGAUACCAACGAACUCUUCUACUCGUCCUUGUCCAAUUCCUGAGCCACCAUGACAUCAAAGGGGGCAAAGGAGAGCAUUGUCGCCAAACUGGGCUUCAAAUCCAGCAGCUCUGCUUCCAAAACCGAGGCAGAGAUAGAGCGAGUCAAGAAGGAGAACGCCCAUCUCAGGAGGAAGAUUGACGAGUUGGCCAAGCGACACAUCAAGUCGCCUGACGCGGACAAAAGCAAGCUGUUGGAAAGGAUUGUUUCGCUGGAGACCCUUCGCGAGAGGAACAAUCAACAGUUGCUCGUCAAGGAGCAAGAGUUGGAAACUGUGAGGCAGCAGCUGGCAGCGAAAGGGGGAGAGGUGGUGGCGGCGCUGCAGUCCCAGCUGGACCAGCGACGCAAAGAUGUCGAGCAGAGGGACCUACACGUGCAGACUCUGUCUCAGGAAACGGAGAACCUGAAGAACAAGCUGGCCACGGUUUCCGCCCGCUGUCAAUCUCUGGAGACGCAAGCGGCGAAUGGACAGGCCUCCUCCUUGGUACAGGAUCAGCUGCGAGAUGCCCUGGAGAAAAACCAGCAGUGGCUGGUGUACGACCAGCAGCGGGAGGUCUUCGUCCAGUCGGUCCUCGCUCGCACGCACGAGCUGGAGCAACAGCUGAGCCGGGCCAAGCAGCAGGACUCGACUUCUACUGGUGCCACGCCGGAGGCUAUUUCCGAAUGCUCGGAAAAGGAAGCGCAACUCAAGAGCCGCUACGAGCAGUCCUUAUUGGCCUCGCAGAAACAACUGGACCAGCAGAAAGAUGAGCUGGCCAGAACCCAGCAGGAGCUGCUCACGCAGAAGGAGCAGGGCGUCAAAAAUCACGCCGAGCUGCAGCGUCAGACCGAGCGCCUUGCCCAGCUGGAGGAGGAGAUGGGCGCGCUGCAGCGGCGCUACGACCACAAAUGCGAUGAGCUGUCGUCCCUGCAGAGGAAAUACAAAGAGAGGGCCGAAGAGCUUGAGGAUGCCAGGCUGCAGAUGCAGACAGAGCGGCUCAGCAGCAGGUCUGCCGUUUCUGAGGAGAGACAGGUGUCCUCGGAGCGCGCAGACCGGAUGAGAGUCGAAAUGGAGAGCCUGGACCUCAGACUGGAGGAGGAGCGGAAGAGAUCUGCCGAACUUCUGCUCCAAGUCAACCUGCUGCAAAAGUCUCUGCUGAGCCAAAAUGACGAGCAGAGGAGGAUAGCGGCGCUGGAGCAGCAGAUCCAGCUCUCCGCCAAAGAUUUUGAGAACGAGAAACUGGACCGUCAGAGCGUUCAGCACCAGCUUCACAAAGUCCUCAAGGAGCUCCGCAAGGCCCGCGAUCAGAUCACCAAACUGGAGUCGGCUAAGCAGCCCAACAGCCGUUUCUCGGAGCCCAGCUCUUACGAUCGUCUGGACGUGCAGCGCCUCAGUCUGGACGAGCCGCGCUCGCCGUCCAAAGCGGGCGGCCUUCUGGACGAAAGCUUCCUGGAGUGCCCCCGCUGCCGGGCUCACUACCCCACCAGCCGCCACCGGGAGCUGCUGGCCCACAUCGACUUCUGCUUGGCCUGACGUGCUGACACCUGUGAGGUCACAUUUUUCUCCAUACUUGAUUUUUAUUCAGGGCGGGUUUGGGGAGGUCAAAGCUCUUAGUGACUUGUGCUUGCGUUUUGUCAUAUUUAUUUUUUUGGGUGGUUUUCCAGUGAGCUACUUUUUGAAGUUAUAAUCAUAUUUUACUCUUUUUAAACCAUCGAGGGAUGGAAGCAAUGUGCGAUUAUGCAUAUCCUUUUGUAUCAUCAUGGAACAAAACAUAUUUUGGCAAGUAUUAUUGCAACACCUGCCUGCAGCCGUUUUUAAAUAGCUGUGUUGUUCAGCAGGUGCAACACCAGAGUUGAAUUCUUUUUUUUUUUUUUUUUUUAGAGUGUGAAAUUUGAAUAGAUCAUUUUUCUCAAGCAGGCAGGUGGUGACAUUGCAGCCUUCUUAGAAUUCUGCCGUUUUUAUUUUUCAUCCGGCUUUUUCAAUCUCCACCUUGACUUUACAUGUCUGCCUGCAGCCCCUCGAGACUGCGGCGAGAUUGCAUUGAGUUAAUUCCUUGCGCUAAACUAUUUAAGGCAGCAGAUCAGUUAGCUCGGACAAGAGAAAGGUUUCUGCCCCCUCGGCAAUGUGACUUUGUUUUUAAACUUUCCUUUUUCUCAUUUCGUUGGGUUUACGACAUGUAAUUGUUUUCAUUUCUCGUAUUGUGUAAUAAUGGUGUAACUUGAUAAGACCUCUGUGGAUUUUCUGAUAAAAAUACACUCCUUCCAAUUAUAUUUAAA